CACCAUUCAUACAGCUUUUGGAAGCAGAAACCAAAAGAAUAAUUAAAAUAAACAAAGAUUGGAAAGCAGUUUCAAGGCCUGCCACUCACAUUCUCUUGCAAUCAACUUUUCUUUUUAAAAAUGCUCACCUUUUUUUUUUUUUUUUUUGACAAUUUCUUUCUUCCUUGAAAUGAAAGCCCAUCUGUAGACCACCCACCAGAGAAACACCCAUUUCCAACGCCACUGUUGUUGUUGCCUUGCUUGCUGCUGCAACUCAAAAUCCAAGCGCACCCAAAACCCUAAAUCUGCAAAUGUCUUAAACCUUCGAAAGGUUGAAAUCUUUAACACCUUUGUUUUGAAACAGAUCACCCAUGUUGGUGAGAAUUCUUUCUUUCUUUCUUCCUUCUUGGCCCCUUUCAACCACUGCCAUCACUUUCGACGGUAGCCCAUGAUAUCAGAACAAAGAUGGUAUAGUUCUUAAACAACCACCCAUCAGAAUCAGGUGUGUCACUGGCACUCUCCUCAUCUCACCGUCUCUCAGAAAUGGAACCUCUGCAAUUGGGUUCCCCCCAUUCUUUUCUCCCCCAAACUCAUCUCUGAAAACUCCCAAAACACAAGCCGCACCUUCAUCAACCCAUACCAAUUCAACAGAGACAGAGAGAUAAAGAGCCAUCUUCCAAUUUCAGGAGUCACCCAUCAGGAGGAAGACGGUGAUACAACAGAAACAGGGAGGGGAAAGGAAAGGGAACCGAAAAGAUGACAUCAAGGGGAAUACCAACAACCAGUAACCAUGCCUCCAAUAUCAGGAUCAAGGUUCUCAUACUGUGUCUGGUGAUCUCUGGCUCCACCCUUCUCGUCCUCAUAUUGGUCUUCGCUCUCCUCUACCUAUGGUUCGUCCGGCUGAGCUCCUCCAAGACCACCCCUUGCGACUCUAUCCCCGCUGGCGGAGCCGUCGAGCCGGCACCGCUGCGGCCGUUCUCCUACCGGGAACUGCGUGUCAUGACGGACUCCUUCAACCCGCGCAACGAGCUUGGCCGGGGCGGCUCCGGUACCGUCUAUCUGGGUCGUCUCCGCGACGGCAAGUCCGUCGCCGUGAAGAAGCUGGACGCCUCCUCCCUCCAGGCCGAGCGCGAGUACCAGAACGAGAUCCAGAUACUCGGCAACCUCCGCUCGCCCCACCUCGUCUCGCUACUCGGCUACUGCUCCGACCCCAACCGGCGGGCGCUCGUCUACGAGUUCAUGCCAAACCGGAGCCUCCAGGAGGCUCUCUUCGCAGAGGGCUCGCCGAAGAAGAUCCCGUGGACUGAUCGCUACAAGGCGGUUCUUGAUAUCGCGAGGGCCCUCGCGUUUCUGCACCACGAUUGCGACCCGCCUGUGAUUCAUGGCGACAUCAAACCCAGCAACGUGCUCCUCGGAGCGGAUUUCACGGCGAAGCUCUCCGAUUUCGGGAUCUCGAGGGUGCGCGUUGAGGGAGACAUGGGCUUUGAGUUCUUCAGCCAGGAGCUAUGGAAGAGCCAGGAGCUGGAGAAGAGCUCGGCCUUGAAUUCGGAAGUGGACUUCGGCUUUGCUCUGCCGAGCGUCAAGGUGGAUUCGGGCGCUAGAGUGAUGGAUGAGGGAUGCAGCUUGAAGGGGAAAGGGGUUUCUACUGAUAGGGAAUUCGCGCCUUCGGAAGAGGAUUGCGGAACUGAGCACAGUAGAGAGUUGACGGCGUCAGUGGCAAGAAAUGAUCUCAACGGGCAAUGGGGGAGAGAUUGGUGGUGGAAGCAGGACGAGAGUGAGGAGUUGCAGAGCAAGGACUACGUGAUGGAAUGGAUUGGUAGCCAGAUCUAUGGAUCAGGUGACCAUGAAAAUCGUGACGUGGAGAGCGGUAAUCUGGGUGGAGCGGAUGCUCCGCCGGAGGAGGAGGCAGGAGAGGUAAAGGAGGUGAAGAAGGGAAAGCAGAGGAAGAUCAAGGAAUGGUGGAAGGAGGAGUAUUUUGCAGAGAUGAAUGAAAAGAGCAACAGAUUGAGAAAGUUUGAGGAUAAGUUGAAGAGACUGGGUUCUGCAAGACUAUGGAAGAGGCAUGAUUGGGUCGGAGAAUCCAGCUGUCGCUUCGACAAUGUGAUUGAUGGGAUGAGCUUCAGAAGAAGUUGGAGGAGGAAGAAGAACCAGUCGAGGUGUAGUGAGAUGUGGAGUGGGGAUCUAUUCAGCAGGGAGCUCAGCAGCACCACGAGUAUGAGGGGAACAAUCUGCUAUGUCGCGCCGGAGUACGGCGGAUGUGGGUAUCUGAUGGAGAAGGGUGACAUAUACAGUUUUGGUGUUCUCGUUCUGGUGGUCGUAUCCGGGCGACGGCCAUUGCAUAUCUCGUCGUCGCCAAUGGAGUUGCAGAAGGCUAAUCUCAUAAGUUGGGCCAGGCAGCUGGCUCAGACCGGCAAUGUCUUGGAUCUCGUCGAUCAAAACUUGAAGAAUGAAUAUAACAAGGACCAAGCUAGCAGAUGUAUCAAUCUUGCAUUGUUGUGUUUGCAGAGAGCACCUGAAUUGAGACCUGACAGUGCGGAUGUAGUUAAGAUUCUUAAUGGAGAAGCUGAUCUUCCCACCCUUCCGGUCGAGUCUCCUCCCGGAAAAUCGUUCCACAAGACGAGGAAAAGAGCAAUGGUAGAUGCAGACUGAAUGCUUUUUGUGGUGUUUCCAUUGUGCAGCCUUUGCAGUAUCCUUUCUUGGUGACUGUAACAUAUUCAGUUGUUUCUUACGUUGAUUAGUAGUUUGAAAAGGAAAGAACGUGUGUUGUUUCAUUGAGCAUAGGUCUGCAGAGUCUCGUGUCUGUUAGUGAUGAAGUCCAAAUGUAAAUACUGAAUAUACUCUGGCUUGACCAUGCAAGAAGCAUGUUCAUGUACCUCAUCUGAGCGUGCAAAUUUACUGCAAAUCAACCUCGGCUGAUCAUUGAGAAAUUUCUUCUGUUA